AUGGCAUCUGGAAAUAUCGGAAGGGAUAAUGACAUGGAGCUUAACUUCGAGAUCACCGAUCAAAAUGGUCGGGAUGCCACGCAAGAUUCAUUAACGGAAGAAGCGAAAUUCCUUCUCACUACUCAUAAACCGACACGGAUCGACAUUUUCCAGAAAGAGCGGGCGCUGUCAGAUCAUCGAAGUAACACGCUAACUCCCAGUACAGUUAAACGCACAAGAAGUGUUUUGUCAGAUGCAACACCUGUCUCGGCAGCAGCUUUCAGUAAAGACACGUUAUCAUCUCCGCAACACCAUACUUAUCUAAAUAUUGCCGAAACUAAGGAGGAAAACAAACAGCUCAGGGAGGAAAUAUUCGACUCAAAGUCACAACUGCUUUUGUUGAAAAGAAAAUUACUACCAAUAUUAGACAGUCAAGGAAAGGAUUUCAGUGAAGAAUACCUGAUGAUGCUGAAGGGACUGGAUAAUGAAAAAAUCCGGCAAGCAGAACUGAAACAGAUAUGUCAGUUACGAAACAAAAAACUCGAUGAAGGAAAAUCGCAAACCUUAAGUGAAAGAAAUGAUUGGGAAAAGGAGCGCGAAAGGCUGCUUAUGAAUAUGAAUGAACUUACAUCCGAAUUGAAAAAGGCACGCCAGCAGUUACUUGAAAAACACGGUGAACGUGAUGAUUGCAAUGAAAGCCAAGGCGACAGUUCUUUGAGCACUAUCUCGCUAAUAUCGGAAAGAGGCAUGGAAAUCGAGAGACUGCGUUCAGCAGUCCUUCAGCAAAAUGUCGAUGAGAAGAAGUUUCGAAUGAAAAUGGAACAAAACAUAAUUCAAUUACAAGAACAGCUGAAGCUUGCUCAAGAUAAUUUGGCGAAGCAGAAUAUUAAUUACACAAAAGAGAAAACGCGCUGUGAGACAUUGAAAACUGAAAUGACAAAGCUUCAGCAGGUUGUGACCGAAGCUAGACAGGAAGUAGAAUAUCAGAAACAGAUCUCUGAAGAGCAACUGGCUAAAGCUCAUGCUAUCAAUGAAAUUGCGUUGAAUAAACGAGACCGCACUAUUCGUAUAUUGCUAAAGAAAUUGAAAUCAGUUGAUCCUCAAGCAUCUUCCACUUCGAAAAUCGAAGCGAGCAAUUUGUCGUCACUGCGUCAUGAUGUUCCGAAUUUGAAUCCCUAUGCUCAAGCAAUACUACACCAAAUUAAUGAGUUCACUGUCGAGAAUGAUGCUAUUCGAAAGAAAGUGAUUGAAUGGGGUGCUAUAAAUAUCGAUUUAACAGCAGAAAUUGAAUCUAGCGAAACGGCAUCCACUGAAGAUGAAAGCUCUGAAUGGAAUACGAAGCAUUGUGAACGCGAAAACGAAAAAUUGGCAGUAUUUCUAGCGCAAAAUAAAACUAUUCCUGAUAUUUCAAAUGAAGAAGAACUGAGAGAAAAACUUGCAUUAUUCGAUGCUGUAAGUAAUUCUGGAAGGAGAUGUUCGAAAGAGGAGUUAGAUGAUACUCCACGAAAUAUGAGGGCUUCUGAGAUGUUGAACAUAACAUCAACAGCUGAUCUUUUGAGCAAAUCUUUGACACUGACAGAAGAUCUUGGUGAAAUUAAGAAAAAACUUUCGGUUUUGCAGUCUUCUUGCACUCGUCUCUUUGAGAAAUUGCGAGGUACGGCUAACUUUUUGCAGACUCUUCUUGAUGAACUGGGCUCAGGCGAUCAAGGUAGAGAACUGCUGGCUAAGAUAGAAGCACUUCGUAUCGAUCUUGAUCACUCUCUGGCAACAGCUAUUGAUAUUAGUCGUGACGUUGAAGCCGCAGAGGAAGGCAUCGGAGAUUUGUCUGCUCAUUUGCAACAAUCAUUACUGAAUUGUUCGUUCGGUGUAUCAUCGGUACCAUAUAAUGAAAAUCAGGAUGCAUCAGCUCUUUCACGGGCUCAGAGAGCUUGUAGACAAUUAAAUGUCGACUUAGCAAACGAAAAAAUGAAAGUAAAUGAAUCCACUAAACUUAAUGAAAAGCUUCAAGCGCAUGUUGCCGAUUUGGAAGAAUCAAAGGAAAAAUUGAUCGAUGAGCUGAAUGAAUUGAAGAAAAAUAUGGCAGAAAAAAAAAGUGAAAUGAUUUCAUCGGUGAAAGAUAUGGAAAUACAACUUAAACAUAAGAAUCAGCAGUAUGAUGAGCUCUGUAGAAAAGUCGAGGAACUUCAGCAAACAGUUAAGGCGAAAGAAGUUUUCGCUGCGGAGAGGGAAUUCGAAGUGAAGCAGCUAAAAGAUCAAAUGAAUAAGAAGUGUCACGAAUUGGAAGUUCAAGUUAAGGAAAUUACUAACAAUCUGAAAGUAAAGGAUGAAUCAAUCGAAAAACUUCUAAUUGAUGUUGAAAGUUAUAACGACCAAUUGUCGUCACGUAACAAUGAACUAGCUCAUUACAGAAAUGAGAUUAUUGCUUUAGAGAACAAAAUGUGCGAACUGAUUGGUACUUUAAGAGAAAAUUUGGGAAUUGUUCAGAAACAAGUUGACAAACCAGUUGUGGAAAAUAUGGAAAUAGCUGCAUUAACUCAACUAUCUCAAAUCGCAGCAGAUUUUGAGGAAUUAACUAAAGUCAGUAAUUAUAUUGCUGAUUUAAAAAGUCAAAUGGCUAAUCUUCAACAGAAAUUGGAUCUAUGUGAAAGAAGUCGUAAUGCCAUCAGUUUAAAAUGUCGUGGAUUGUCUGACCAAAAUGCUUAUCUUGAAGCAGAGCGUAAUGGAGACAAGCAAAAGUUAUUCACUCUUCAGCAAAAAAUACAAAUAGAAAAGGAGUCGAUUAAAAUGAUGGAAAGAGAUUUACAACGUUUAAAAUCUGAAAAUAGUUAUGUCAAGGAAAAUAAUGAAAGAUUAACGAAUAUGUUAGUGAAUAUGGAAACAAAAUACGAAGAACUGAUUUCGAAACCAAAUCAUAGUUCUCUUUCCGAGAGGCAGCAUUCGGAGCGAUAUACAAUGACUGUUAGUACUAUGACUGUUAUGUCUUCGCACGAUUUUGUUGAAUUGACGGAUAAGGCAAAAACACUUGCUUCAUUCACGAAACGAAUGUAUACACUUGCAGCCCGAUGGAAUGGCGAGACUGUUGUUACCACCAUGAUUUCAUAUAAACAGGCUGAUCUAGAUCAUCUUUAUCACACUUAUGCCCGGAUUUUGAAUUGCUUGUCAGAUGGAUUCAGUGAACUACGAAAUAGGAUAGUCUUGGGCAAAGUCAAGCUACAGUCGAUUAUUUCUGAAGAACAACAAAAUUCUCAACAGACUAAAAGUGGAAAUUCAAGAUCAAGUAAUGAGGAAUUGAGCACGAACUGUUUCAUUCCUGUAGACGGGUCACAAAAAGAGCUGCUAUCAGUUGAUCUGCGAACACUUUUCAAUGAAGCCGACCAAAUUAUUGAGAAGCUUAGUGCCAUUUCAAAUAAACUACAUAAUGCAGAAAUAUUGGAAGUGCUGUCGAACAUGAGAUUAUUACAAUUUCAAAUUGAUUAUCUGCACGAACAUUCGCGACAUUUUGAGAAAACUAAAGAAAAUUUUGCUCCGAUGGAAGCACUUCAAUUAGAAAAUGAUCGUUUGCAAACAGCACUUACCGAUGCAAGAAUUUUGUUGCAAAGAGCUCAUGAACGACUGAAUAAACUGCCUAAUUCGAAAGAUAUGUGCGAACAGAUAUUGUGUGAAAUGAACGAAAUUAGUAAAGUAAUGAAGGCGACAACGCGCGAGGUACAUCGCAUAGGAAGCCAUUCAAGAGUUGUAAAAAGCUAUAAGUAG